AUGGUCGAUUGCAAACCUAUGUCACCUCCGGUGGAGGUUAAUGCAAGGUUAUGUUCAGUCGAAGGCAAAGAUCUAGAAGAUGUAGCCAUGUACAGACAAUUGGUGGGAAGUCUUAUCUAUCUCACGUUAAUUACACCAGAUAUUGCAUAUGCAUUGAGUGUGACUAGUCGAUUCAUGCAAAAACUGAUGAAACAUCAAAUAGAGGCAGUGCGUCAGAUAUUAAGGUACAUGAAAGGAACCACUGACUAUGGAAUCCUAUACUGCAAUGAAAAAGAGUUUGAAGUUGUCGGAUACUGUGAUGUUGACUAUGCUGGUGAUCUUGACAACGCCUGUCAACUAUUGGUUAUGUGUUCAAUCUGGGUUCUAGAACAGUCUCUUGGUGUACUAAGAGACAACCAACAGUGUCACUGUCAAGUACAAAAGCAGAAUAUCGAGCAGCAGCUGUGGCAACACAAGAGUGUGUGUGGUUGA